AGCAAGCUUUCUACAUGCUCUCUUUAAAAGCACCUACAGCUUGAUCUAUUCCAUCAGACCAUCCAAGAGUCUUGAACUUCUUGAGCAUCUGACAUUUGAAAAGGGAAAAGGAUAGCUAUGAGUUCUGCAAUUGCAAAAUCUACUCAAAGCCUUACUACUGCUGAGGACAUGAGGAAUCAAACCAAACUUAUAAUGCAGCCUUAUGCCAACUGGGAAGAGUACCUGACUCCAGCACCUCUAUCCAUAGCCAUCCUAGGAGAGCUGGUAUUCAUCUCAUCUUCAACAGAUUUCUCUAUCAAUAAAAAUCCCCCAAAAGAUGGCUAUAAAUUCAUCAAAUACCCUGAUUCUUUCCGUGCUUGCCUCAUGCAAGUGUGUAACUCUGGUUGGUGGGCAUUCAAUGAGGCCCAUACGAGCAUGGAUCAAAUUCGCCUCCACACUGCCCAAGUUCCAGAUUACAUGAAAACAGCUGUUAAGAUUCUGUUCCAAGACAACGACGAAGUCGUCAAAGCACAUCUUCCUGAUCAGCUAGACAAUAUCAGAGUCAUUGCAGAUCAGGGGCAUGAAUGUCUGAAGUUGUCUGAUGCAACUGAAAAACGUUUCACUGAAGUCAUUAAAAUUAUCCAAGAGCUACUAGAAGCAUGUGUGAAUGCAGAACACUUCUAUGGGGAAGAGUUGGAAGCAAUCAAGAAGAAAAUAGAAGAGAGCAAACUGAGGGAGCAGUCAGCUCAAGAGACCAAGAAAAGGACUGAGAAGGCGAUGAGUGCCGUGGAGAAAGAACUGGAACAGGCUCAUGAGAGCUACAAGGCAGCUCUGGAUUCUCUCCCUAAUGGAUGGGAAAUGAUUGGCAUGGAUUUUGUGGGAGGGAUAACGGGAACCAUUACAGGUGUGAUUAGCGGAAUUACAUCUCUUAUUAGUCAACCAAUGAAAUUGAUUUCCUCUGCAAUAACAGGAUCAGAGUCAAAUCAGCAAGGUGAAAAAGAUAUGGUAGCUGAAAUAAACGUCUAUAGUAAGUCUGCUGAAAUUUUAAAGUGUGUCCAGAAUAUACAGCAACUAAUGAAUGUGAACACUGAGGACGAUGACAUUGCCUGGAAAAAUCUGUAUGAUCAGAAGAGCAAAACUCCAAGAACAGAUUUCAUAGCAAAACAGAUAGUAAGAAUCAGUGACAAUUUAAAGAAAAUCCCUGACUGUCCAGCAAAUGAACAAGCUCAGGAGUUAUGCAAAAGGGGCAUGGAAAUAUGCAACCAGCUUGCAAAAUAUGCACCAGAUGGCAAAUGUGACGAAGACAAAAGUACUCAAAUAAUACAUGAGGUCUUGGAUCUGAGCAAGUCAGCCCAUAUUUUUGAUAGUAAAAGUAAAGCCAUCACAAAUACUCCUGCCAUUUCUCCAACACCACCAAUGAUGCACAGAGCAGAAGACAAGUCAGAGAACACGAGUCCUUCUCAGAGGGCCACAGAGAAUGCAAGAUUUUCCAUAGAGCAGACCCGAGCUCAGCUGAACAGUACAAGACAGACUUAUGAAAAGUGUCUGGAGAACCUAGAGAACAACCAGAAGGAACUAACUGAAAUCCUGGUCACUAUGAGGAAUUGUGAACUGAAAGAGAUCGACUUCAAAACUACCAUAGAGAUGUUGAUCAAAGGAAUGGAUGCCAUGGGGAGAGUGAAGGAGCAGUGGGAGAAGAUGGUUCACUUCUUUCAGAUGGUUUCCAACAUUGUGAAAACCAGCCUGAGUAAAACCCUCACAAACUUUAUAUCCACAUCUGAGAAAACACAAGCCCUCAACUAUGAUGGAAAGCUCUUCUCAAAAGAUCUGCUAUAUACUCAAGCCUUCCAAGCCACUAACAUUGCUAGUCUGGUCCAUAUGAUCUCUGCAACAUACACAGAUGUUUCCACCAAGUACCUGAUGGAUCGUAUCAGUUCACUGGGCAAACUGAUGGCCAUGGAUAAAAGUAAGCCUGAAUUUGAGCAUGAGCGAACACUGCUCCAGAACGGCUGUGAUGAGGCACAAAAAGGCAUCUUAAACCUUGUCUUGAAAAAUAAAUUGGAGUUUGACAGGAAGAGCACGGCAAGGCUAGACAGGAUUGAACGAGAGCUGCUUGCCAUUCUGCCUGCUGUUUCUCCCGAAAAAAUCAAGAGAAUUCAAGAGGACGUUCAAACUGGAUUCAGUAAAGAAGAAGAAUCAUAUUACUAAACGAAUUAAAUAAAUCAGUUUUUACAAUGUUGUCACAGAUAAUAUUGAAAUAGUUGAGAGUCAAUAUAGAUUAAUUAUUGCUCAACUUACUGUAUAUGAUAGGAGCCAACGUUAGUCUGUAUAACUGUAUAACAACAUAUUUUAAUUAAUAAAGCAGAUCCACUGAA